UGUGGAUUAUGCGUUAUCGUAGCAUCCUGCCUGUCCUAAUUGCGAAAAUAAAUCACAACUCCACUCGAUCUGGUGUGGUUACAAUGUCACUGCCGGCGUUCGUUUUAGCGGUGUUUGUUGGAUUCCUGGCAUUUCAUGUGAAUGUGGAGGCCACAGAGCCACCAUGGAAGGAACUGGAGUCAGAAGGUGGCAUGCGCGUGGGGAGCAGCCGUAUGAAGAGAUUCGUACAGAUUGAUCCCAAAAAGCCGAACGUAAUGUACCAAGAAUGCACGCUGCCGAACGGGAAGAUGGGCCACUGCAAGCACCUGCAGUAUUGCAUCAAGGACAAGAUUGUCGACAACUUAGUGCACUUUACUGAAAACUUGUGCAUCAUUGAACAGACGUCGAUCGGAAUAUGCUGUCCAGACGAAUCAGGUCAUAUAGGCCUGGCGGGUGACCUGCCCGCCACUGCACCCAGGGAGGAGAGGUUCGAAUUAUUACAGAAACUACUCGUGCGGGCUGAGAAUAGAGGUUGCGGCCUAAGCACUCGUCCUCACGGGCGCAUGACGGGCGCGCGGCCCGCCAACGCCCGCGAGUGGCCGUGGAUGGCCUCCGUCACGCCCGAGGGCAUGAGGCAAUACUGCGGAGGAGUGCUCAUCACUGACCGCCACGUGCUCACUGCUGCCCACUGUACUAGAAGGUGGAAGGCGGAAGACUUAAGAGUACGUCUCGGCGAAUAUGACUUCGAUCGCAACAACGACACGCGCUCAUACAACUUCUUAGUCACGGAGAUCCGUCAACACGUCAACUUUGAGCUCCCCAACUACCAUCAUGACAUCGCCAUCUUGAAGCUCCAUAGACCUGCUGUGUUUAACUCCUACGUAUGGCCGAUAUGUCUGCCGCCAGUUGGUAUGGAGCUGACCAACGAAACUGGAGUCAUUAUUGGUUGGGGUACAAAAUGGUAUGGUGGACCACACAGCGACGUCCUGAUGGAAGUGGCCGUACCGAUUUGGGAUCACCAACAAUGUACCGACGCUCUGGUCAAUACCGUGUUUGAGGAAAACAUCUGUGCUGGCGGCUACGAGGGCGGCAAAGAUGCUUGUCAGGGCGACAGCGGCGGCCCCCUCAUGUACCAGCUGGAGAGCGGGCGCUGGACCAUCGUGGGCGUGGUGUCGUGGGGCAUCCGCUGCGGGGAGCCCGGCCGCCCCGGCAUCUACACCCGCGUCGACAAGUACUUGUCCUGGAUCGUGCAGAACGUGCAGUUUUAGUUUUACCUAAUAAUAAUUUUCGAUAGUUU